GAGCAAGAGCUUGAUUCGAAAGAUGCUAUCAUACUGCAUCAGUUUUCGAGGCCUAGCAAUGGUGUUCCGAGUUUGUCUCCCUUCUGUCUGAAAAUGGAAACUUACUUGAGGAUGGCUGAUUUACCCUACCAGAACUAUUUUGAUGGAAAACUUUCCCCUCAAGGGAAAAUGCCUUGGAUUGAAUACAAUCACAAGAAAGUAUCUGGCACUGAGUUCAUUAUUGACUUUUUGGAAGAGAAACUUGGAGUGAAUUUAAAUAAACACCUCAGUCCACAUGAAAGAGCUGUUUCCAGAGCGGUGACAAAAAUGGUGGAGGAGCACUUCUACUGGACUUUAGCCUAUUGCCAAUGGGUGGAAAACCUUCAUGAGACACAAAAGAUGGUUUCGCUUUUCGGCCCCUUCAGCGAUUUGCUGAAGUGGAUCCUCUGCCACCUGACCAAAGGGAUUGUGAAGCGGGAGAUGUAUGGCCACGGCAUCGGCCGCUUCUCGGAGGAGGAGAUGUACACGCUGAUGGAGAAGGACAUGCGGACUCUGGCAGGCCUCCUGGGUGACAAGAAGUACAUUAUGGGACCAAAUGUUUCCACUGUUGAUGCCACUGUCUUUGGGCAUCUGGCACAGGCAAUGUGGACACUACCAGGGACUCGACCAGAGAGACUAAUCAAAGGUGAGCUGAUUAACCUUGCUAUGUACUGUGAAAGAAUAAGGAGGAAAUUUUGGCCAGAAUGGCAUCAUGAUGAUGACAACACUCUGUAUGAAUCUGAGGACAGCAGUGAAGCAAGCAAGACGUACUCCCCUUUGCAGGACUUCAGUUUUUAUUCAAGGACAGAAACAUUUGAUGAGGAAGGGAACAGUAUUUCUCAAACCCCUGACACAGAUUACACUGGACACUCCCUCUUUGAUUCGGAUGUGGACAUGGACGAGUACAGAGAUCACGAACAAUGCAAGUGAUGCAUACAAGCAUCUUCCAUCUUGCAGACAAGCUGUUUCUUGGGAUCAGUCUGAUUUAUUUUCUCUUCCAGGUCAGGAAGAGGUUUGUACCACUUUGGAAGAGACCGUUGUGCUUGAUUCAUCUGUCAUAUGCUACCUGGACUAUUUCAACCUUAUUUCAUUUUGUGUAACUGUUCAGGUGGAGCCAAGGUAAACAGUUACUUAAAACACGUGUUGGCAAACUGGAGGUCCAGAGGGCAACAGGGCCUUUCACUCUGCGUUUUUGUUCAUGUUCAAAAACAGAU